AUGGAAAGAACAGCCAUAGGUAUAGUGCUGGUUUUCCUUCUCCCAUUUGUGCCCAGGCUAUCUACGACACUCAGAAAAUUUACAUGCGGUAAGCGAAAAAUGAGCAGUUUGUUUCCACCCCAAAACCACAUACUUUCUCAUUAUUUUUUUUUUGGAGGGCACGGUAACGAAUCCUGCAAUCCGAUUGGUUCUUUACCCGGUCAGUAUUUUCCUAUCUCUGCCCACGGGUCACAGUAACGCUUUCGUGAGUCGCCGAGUACAUCCCAACAUUCGUUGCCAUUUUUCAUAAAUAUAUCUCGUUUUCCGGCUGGGUGGUACUUUUAAGAAAACACGUCGGUCCGAUAAAUAACUUAUGAAUCCUCUCUUUUCCUUCUCUCAAAUCACUUUGGUUGACAGAAAAAUAUUGGUUUCAGAAUGAAUUUGUAUAAGCAAUAGUGUCAUUACGUUGCUUGACAAGGACCUAAAAACCGUCUCCAAUUAAUUUUAAGCGUUCAUAAAAAAUACCUAGAAAGUUAAAACGUGAGGUAUUUGGUUACAGUUAAACUGAAAGAUGGAACUUUCAUUCAUUUAAUAUCUGAAUUUUCUCAAACAAUUUGUUCGUGGUGAAAGAGCGAGCAGUUCUACAACAAAUAUACGCUCUCGGUGAGUCUUUCCAAGUCCGUUCAAUUUGGACAUUUGUGCCGCAAAUUGCACAACAGAAACUGAAGGAAUUUAUUGAGAAAAGGCCCCAUUAAAUCCCCUCGUGUCUCGUUGGAGUGUGCCAUUCGAAUUUAGUUCUUGUGGAGGAAAGACCAGAUUUAUACACGACAUUGCAGAAAACAAACCAGCAAAUUAUCACUACUUCAAAAUAAAAAAUUUGAAUUUACUCACAAUUACUUUCCUCUCUGUUUACUUAACGAACAGAGGUAAAAAUUCGUACAUGAAUGAAUCGUCGAUGAGAGUGAAUAAUACUUUUCCGUUAGAUCAUUGACUGUUUUUGAAGAAAACAUUGUCGUGACAGUCCUUGCCAAACUAGUUCCGUUAUUUUUCAAAUGUUCUUACGCUUUUUUUUUCUUACGCGCUCUCUAAUUGACAGGUGUCAGAUUGUGACAGACACUUGUAAAAAUAAUGUUUCAAAGUUUGUUUGGAAGCCUUUUAAAUCAACUUUAUCAUUACGCAAAUGAAAAUUUUUCGGUGAGACACCUCUCUUUAAUUUGCAUCACCUCUAUUUUAUAUAAUAAGCUCAGUUAUGCACGCAUUCUGAUUGGUUCUCACUUAUGAUCUAUUGGAGGACAGACGUAUAGAUGACGUCAUCAUUAAAACUUUUUUUUAAUUCUUUAUUAUACAAAACAAAUAGAUUCCAAGUUGCCGAGCGUCUGUUCAGUAAUAGAUCAUAGAGGACGUCAAAAUGUGGUAAGAACAUCAGUGACACACUCGGCUGCGCCUUGAGUGCCACUUUUUUGUUCUUACCACAUUUUGACGUCAUCUGAACAGACGCACGGCAACUUGGAAUCUAUUUGUUAAUUAACUACCAUUUACUCGCUCAAAAAUUUUUCAGUUUAUGGAAGGUCUUGCCGUAUUUACAGCCCUAAAUCUUUCGGGAUCUUUCAGAAAAAAUUUCGCCAAGUUUAAAAAACAUAAAUAUGUUAUUUACCGGCUAAGGGUCGAUCCGUAUGGUAAAAAAACUGUGACCUCGGUCUUGAAAAUGCUGACCUCGGCUCACGACCUCGGGUAGUAUUUUCAAGACCUCGGUCACAGUUUUUCACCAUACGGACCUCCCAGCCGGCAAAUAACAUAUAUUUAUUCAUCUUAGAGGAGAAUUUUUCUUUCCAAGUUUCUUUCUUUCUCUCUGACCUUCCUUUUUUCUUUUUCGUAAUUCAGGUUUAGUUAAUGGUUAUCCUGAAGAGUAUGACGCUUUGACUUUGGCUGGAAACAAAACGAACAAACUAAAUAAUGUAUCAGUAAUCUUCAAACAGUUCAAUAUCUCAGACAAGAUAAAUCUAUUCAGUAAAGGUAAUGUUGUACCUAAUUACAAGAUGGUAGAAAAGUAAGUGUAACACCUUUUUUUCUGCUGAAGAGGAAAAGAAAAGUAAGAAAAGUAAGUGUAACACCUUUUUUUCUGCUGAAAAGGCUAGAGUCCAUUCUUUGACCAAAAAGGUGUAUUAAACGUAUUAAAUUAUAUACUACUUUUGGUUGUAAUUGAAGCCUUCGAUAAGUUUCAAACUCCCAACAAAAACAAGCGUCAAAACUUUCGAAACCUUAAACUAAAAUCUGAAAAGUGUCCUCGUCGAUUUCAAUAUCAAGUUAAUAGUCUCUCAAUAUGAUUGGGUAACCAGUCAGCUCACGCACGCCUGUUGCGGGAAGGAAAAAUGUAGUUUGAAUAUUCAUAUUCAAGAAUCUCAAGAAUUAUUUAACAACAUGGCUCAAAUACUUUGCUCAUCAUCGAGUCGCAAUCUGAUUGUGAAGAAGUUGUUUUUCAAUUUUACCAAACCAAAGAAUAUUGUUUUGUUAUCCUCAAUACUUUAGGUAAUCCUGUUCUUGUAUCGUGGUAAUUUUAUUAAAACAUCUUAAAUAUCAGGUAGUUUAGUGUUAACAACUGGGUUGAAAACAUAAAUUAGCCACCGUAAAGGGUAAAAAAGCUGACGUUUCGAGCGUUAGCCCUUCGUCAGAGCGAUUGACGAAGGGCUAACGCUCGAAACGUCAACUUUUUUACCCUUUACGGUGGCUAAUUUACGUUUCAACCCAGUUGUUAGCACUAAAUUACCUGCUAUACUCUCCCACCGACGCAGUACCAUAGUUUCUUUAGAAACUUACCCCUUCAUUCAUCUUAAAUAUCAGUUGAACUUUUCAAGCUGUAUCAACAAAAAUGUUAUUUCUAUCAUAGCUUCAUUACUUCGUGAUGAAAACGUUAUUGCGCUCGUGGAAGGAAGUGAAGACAAGAUCUCCACAUGCGCAUUGUCUACAGUGACUGGAAUUCCGCUUAUUCGUCUCCAUGAUAGCAAAGUCUCUGACCAGUGUGAAAAAGUGAUUCAGAUGUCAGCUGGAUACAAAGACAUUGCAACUGCCACGCUCGCUCUGAUAAACAUGUUUCACUGGGAAAGUAUUGCAGUUUUAUUUGAUGGUAAACAAAACUUUUGUCGUUCGCGCUGACUAGCAUAAGACAGACGAACUUCUUAAAAUGUUCAAACUUUUCUGUUGAUUGUCUUGACUACAUUUUUAAGCAUGAGCACAUAAUUACGUGUAUGAAUCUUCUUGUCUGUUUCAGAGGAUUACUCCUACAAAGCAGCUUUUUUCACCACCAUAACCAAGAGAUUAAAUCUCGCUAUAAAGUUAGUUCAUUUUUCCUCGGAGGCUAAUAAUGAAAAUGCAGUAUUCAACGCGAUGGAUGAGAUUUACAACCUGGAAGCAGAAGUCAUUUUACUUUACAUCAAAAAAAAGAACAUUGAGAUAAUACUUAAUCAGGUGCUAUUCUAAUUUUAUUGUCUUUGGUUUCUAUGCGCCAUUUCAAUGAACUUUUUUCCUGUGUGAUAAUGAAUAAUUUCGGAAUGCUAUGAGCUGACUCCUCGUCCCUUGGCCUCUGAUUAAUGAAGACUUUUUUUAAACGAAAAAGUACACUCAAAGAAAUGAUUACUUCACAGCCAAUUAAUUUGAUUGUUAAAUUAUAUGUCUGCUGUGUCUUUUCCUUCAUUCAAGUAUGAAUUGAUGCAUCUCGUUAUUGUUUAAACGCUCACAUCGGCAACAAACAUCUUUUUUCUUUUUCAGCAAAGAACUUGUCAAUGCACAAAUGUGUACAAGUGGAUACUUCAAGGAGAGGUUAUUCAAUUAAUAAAUUUUUCGCCACCAAAGAAUCUUAGAAGGGGAAAGGUUCUCUCGUGUAUAUCAAAUGCCAACUUUCUGACGUCCUUAUAAAGACCAGAAAAAAAUCGUUCAACCAUAAAUUCCACGUAAGCUAGUUUGAGCUUAACUGCUCAUAUUAUGGUACAAAAAUGUUAAUUCCUUCGCUACUGUUUUGGCUGAUUUUUUUUUCAAUUUUGCUGUUAUUUGUGGAUCUCAGAUACCAUUACACCUGACCUCUGAAGGGAAUAACAUUGUUUUUGCAUUAAAACUUCCCUCCUACUAUGAAGAAGAAAAUGUCGUCAAAGGCAAUAAUACUAACACCACGGUAAGUCAGGCAAAUCAGAGAGCCCUAAUACAUAUAGACGAUAGUAAAUAGCCAUUCUGAGAUGCGAGAUUUCUCUUGAGGGUUGAAAAAUGUUAAAUAUUUUUCAGCAUGAAAAGAGUCGAGAAAUUUCGUAUCAUCUGGAGGCCAUGUAAAAUAUUCUAUUUAUUAUAUAAAGAUCAAUGAAAUACUAAAUCAUUUCACCUUAAUUUUUUUUAAAAGUAGAACAACUACCCAAUAGCAUAACCAGUGAUAUAACUUAAACAUCUUCACCUGUGAAAAUACUAUGUUUUCGCACGAAUGCUCGCUUGGUAUUUCAUUGAUAUCUAUAUAAUAAAUACAAUUAUCCAACUUCUCCAUAAGAUUUUGUAAUGGCCUUAAAGACGCCGUUCAGUUCAGCUUUGUCAGGACUUUACCAAUCCUGGAGCAACCUUAAUUAGCCACCCAACGGAUAAUAACCUGUUUCAAGAAAUAAGUCUAACCCUUUUUUAAUUCUUUCUCAAACCUGAUAACCGCUUCAAGAAAGUGAGCGUGGAUCUAAUCAAAACCUCUUGGUAUAUGAAAAUACACUCAGAGACUUCUUAUUACUUAUGUCAUGACCCCUUUAACAUUUUACCAUUUUGCCCUAAGGACCAAGAUGCACUCCUGCAGGACACAUCCCAAAUUAUCCAUCAGGCUCUCAGCAGGGAAGAGUGUUUGUCAGUAAAUAGCUCCUCCUUUGGUUUUAACGAAGCACAUAAAAUGUUGAGUUGCUUGAAAAACGUAAGCUAUCAAAUGAUUCUCUUGUCAUUUCUACCUUGAUUAAAAUGAUCCUAAUUGUACUUUUUUUGAUCGAAAAAUUUUGAUGUUGUGUGUCAUUUUAUUUCAAUUGCAAACAGGUCAAAUUUGAAGGCAAAACAGGACCUGUUUAUUUUGAUGAGUACGGGGAGAGAAGAGGAAUUAGAUUAGAAAUUUUGAAUCUUCAAAAUGAUUCAUUGACAACGGUAGGUAAAAUUGUUAUUAUCUUGAUAAUCAUUCUAAUUGCGAUCAAACCAGUGUUAUUGAAAAGAUUAACAGCUUUGAAACCUCAUACCACAGAGGGCUACGUGGCAAACUUGAUAGUUAUCUUUUUAUCAGAUGCCAUGAAUUUUCAGAAAAAAGAUUGCAUUGAACGGGUCUGACGAAGAUUAAAUCCCUAUCUAUUUGACGAGUCUAUGUAUAGCCAUUUUGAAAUGAUUAGAGAUAACUGAUCUUUAGAUAGGGACAUGGAAUUCAUCUCAUGGUGCCGUGGUUUUUGGGAAUGUGUUAAGUAAUGAUGGAAACCCAUUGAGCGGAAGGAGACUGGAAGGGAAAAAGCUUAGGGUCGUUGUGGUAGAGGUAAGUAUGUCCAUGACAAAGUAUAUGUAAAUUUUUUUUACAGACCUUAAUUGUGGAAUCUACCAUAAACGAGGCCCCAGUGUAAGGAUGAAUAACACUUUAUUUAAUUUAAGCGAAAGAUAUAAAUUAAGAAGAAAGAAAGUAAUGUAUAACGUUUCCAAAAGCAAAGAAGCGAAGUAAGAGAUGAAUGUAAGGAGGAAUGGACCGAGGAGAAAGGAAAGCACUACCAUGGUUCACAAUUUUUGAAGCCGUGAUGCAAAAAUAGCAAAAAAAAACCUUUAUGCAUUACGCAGCAAAAAUUGAAACACUUGCUAAAAAAAGUAGAACGCUGAUACUAACGAAUGGGUCAGACAGAUAAUAGUAAUACUCGAAAAUCAAACAAAUUAGCUGAACACGAAGAAAUAAAAAUGCGUUUUGAUCAUACAGUAUCUGUUUACUUUAAUUUUGAAACAGAAUGCACCGUUUAUAAUGAAGAAUGAGGACGGCACUAUUCCACAUUAUAAGGGAUACUGCAUCGACCUUCUCGAUGAACUGGCCAAGAAUCUCAAGUUUACCUAUGAGAUCUAUCUCUCCCCAGACGGGAUGUAUGGUGCCGAGUUGGAGAAUGGAACAUGGAACGGUAUGAUUGGCGAGUUAGUUGGUAAGGUAAUUAUCUAACCUCUGCUGCCUAAUAUAUUUCAAAUACGCGCUACUAGUAAAUGUCAGUUAAAAUUAUUUCUUGUACUCCAUCGUAAGGCCCACACCAACAGAGCUCACAAUUACAUGAAAUAAGUAACAUUUAGACCUACGGUUGAUAUACAACUUCGAUAGGAAUCCAUCCAGGUGGGCUGCAAUUGUAGAAAUUGCAGAAAAAACGCCUGACAAAAAUCAGGCUACGCCGGAAUUUGGCCGUGUCUCUUGACUGUUCACAGGUAUGGUCUACGAAUACAAAACGAUGACUUUUCAUUGAUUUUGACCUCGUGAUUUAAGAUGUGGAUUCCACAGUGCUCUGACAACUAGCAGGUCACCACUCUCUUUCAUGAAUACAAACAGCUUAAGUGAAUUCAGAAAGUCAUCCCAAAUUAAGAUUACAAAAAAAAAUGAUGCAGUCAUUUGUCUUUCUCUUAAGCGUGCUGACAUCGCCGUUGCAUCUCUUACCGUAACUGAAAGUCGAGAGAAAAUUGUGGACUUCAGCAUUCCUUACAUGUACUACUCAAGAGAAAUACUGGUCAAGAAAUCACCUCACAGUGGAAAAGUUGAUUUGCUUCAGUUCAUGAAUCCUUUUGACAUUCAGGUCUGGUUUGUUACUCUCGCCAGCCUGGUCAUCAUCUCUGUUGCUGUAUUUGUGAUAAACUACUUCAGUCCUUAUGGGUGCAAAGACGAAAAUGGCCGAGGAACAUCAGAGGAGUUUAACUUCUUCAACAGUGUGUGGUUUGCUUUAGCCUGCAUGCUGCAGCAAGGAGGAGAUAACACACCGAAAAGCUCAUCAGGUGGAAGCUUACAUACUAAAAACCACCCGUAGUAAUAAAAGGUCAUGCAUGCUAAGUGAGGAGAGCCAAUCCGGCAUUUUAGGUCAGGAAUCCAAUUUCUCACCAGAAAUUAAAAGAAGUGUUUGGGUUCAAUAUGACUCUUCAUGAUUGCAACAGAACUCUCCUUUUUUUGGGCUCCAAAAUGAAAUAAAGUUUGUAUACUUUUCCUUUCACUCGAUAUUCUUACAACCCAUUGAUCGAAUUCAUUAUAGGAUCGAGGCCACUCGAGCUUGUUCAGAUAGUAAAAAAUUAUUGGGCACGGGUAUUAUAUGAAGAUAUCUCAUGAUGUCUUCAACAAAGCAAUCCUUUUUUUGCUCAAUAUCCUCCUUAGGUCGGAUUCUGACUGGAUGCUACUGGUUCUGCAUACUCAUAAUGAUCUCAACAUACACUGCCAACCUGGCUGCUUUUCUUGUUGUGAAAGAUAAUGAUAAUCCGAUUAAUAAUCUAGAGGACAUCGUAAGGUCCACCUAUCAAGUAGCUGUCAUUGAGUCAGGAAGUACUUAUGAGGCAUUCAGGACAAGUCAGUAUGUAACGCAUGAAAAGAUUUGGAAUAGAAUGGUAACAGCGGGGAGUUUUGUCCAGAGCACAGCGGAAGGAAUUCAAAUGGUGCGAGACAGAGACCAGUUUGUGUUUAUUUCUGAUGGGCCUGUUCUUAAACACGCCGCACAACAGCCGCCUUGUGACGUCACCACAGGUCAGUGGAGAUGAGAAACGCACAGAGAACCAUUUACCAUUUCUCUAAACAGUCCUGAUUUCUUCAUUAAGUUAAAAUAACUUUUCUCUAACCUAUGUUAACCAGUUGUCAUCUUUUGAUCCCAUCCUGGCAAACCCUGACACCCUCCACCGAUUGAAAAAUCCUUAAGUUUAAAUUCGUUCUGAUUUUUUUUGGUCUCAGUUCCAGGCCUGAGUACGGCCCUCGGACUUGCGUUUGCUUUUCAAGCAAAUAGUACAGAUGUUGAUGACGUCACAUUGGCUAUUCUACAUCUUCACGAAAACGAAUUCCUUGACAGUUUAAAAAGGGAAUGGUGGGAAUACAAAGAUGAAUGUCCUAAAAAGCAGGAUACAAGUAAGGAUUUCAAUUCCUUCUGCACGAGAGUAGCUUUUAAUAUCCAAAUUAUGUUAGUUCUCCAUCAUCCAACAUACUAUCUGGUUCUUAGGUUUUGGCCCAAUAAGUUUUCACGAAUCCGAUAAACCAUCAUUAUUUCUUCAUUUUUCACUUUAUAAAACUCUGUAGUUGGAGCUCCUCCCACAAUAUGUUUUCUUUCUUUCAGCUUUGACUCGAAAGCGAAUUGAUCUCAGAAGCAUGCUGGGAGUGUAUGUCGUUAUGAGUGUCGGAUUAAUUUUAGCAUUGAUGGCGCUGACUGCAGAGAUCUUUUGGACAAGAAUGAAAGAGCGCAAGAUAAUAACCCAAAGGUUGGUCAGAGUUAUUGGAACAAAACAAGACUCUGCUUGGCAGGAUGAUAUAAACUAUACAUGCAUGAUCUGCUUAAGAAUUUAACGAGGAUAUGAAAACAUAAUCAUUUGUGGUCAGCACCUAAUUUUGCGGUUUUAAACUUGUCAUCUUGCUCUUCCUGGUAAAAAGAGAAGUUCCUCUCUUCGAUAAGUAAAAGUUGUUAAUACUUUUCCCUCAUCCUUUUUUCCUUUUCCAGACCAGAAGAUCGUUCCAUUGAAGUCAACCAAAUCGCACAUCCUGAUUAGUCUAAGCCGACCAAUCAAAGCCUGCACGUGGCUUAGUUUCAAGGAGAGUGAAUGAAUAAGCAAACCAUUUCAAGGCAAGGAUCGUGACAAAUACAUGAUGUCAUCAAAGCAGUUGUGAAGUGUGCUUCACCAUACAACCUCCCUGAGCACCUUGGCUUUUUUUUCGUUUCAGUCAGUUUGCCUUCUUUUUCUCGCAAAUUGUUUUCUCAAUAUGCUUCUGUCGUUUUGGGCUUAAUUUUCGUCAAAUUGUGGCUCAUAGUCCAGAAAUAAACCCAUACAAGAAAACAUUAUAAAUAAAUUCAGUGGACAUACCAUUUUACCAUAAGUCUUCAUUAUUCUUAAAGUUUGCGAAAGUUGCUAAAACUCGCGCCAAAUUUUAAAGUCAAUUAUGUAGACGAAACAAUUUAAAAAAUAAACGGAU